AUUAGACACACUACGUGCAUUAAUUUGUAGUAUCGAUAAGAAGUUAUCUUUAUCUUUGUUAAUGUUAUUGAUCUCGAUCUUUCAUCCUGAUGUAUUCGACCCGAAGCUGAAUGAUUCCAUCGCCAGUCAGUGAGGCCACGAUUGAAGCGUCCACAUCGGCUGUUGCAAUAGUAGCAACAACAUCGACAAAAGCUUGCUCCCUUCCUGAACGCAUCUGCAAUUUCUUGAUUCCGUGCUCUAACCUGUUGGGAGAAGGUUUCGUUUAUCUGGGAACCGGUGCCUUUGGAGCGAUGGCCGUGCUACAGCGGUGCGGACUUGGCGAUAUCAUCAAGUACGUUGGCCUGACGACGGCCGCCGCCGCAACUUUGGGUAUCCUGCUGAGCAACACCGCCUCGGAACGGCGGAAACGAAACUUUUCGCGACGUUCCGUUGUGUUCAUCACCGGUUGCGAUUCUGGACUAGGCUUCAACAUCGCUCAGCUUUGUCACAGAUUGGGCUUGGUUGUUUUCGCGGCCUGUCUGGAUCCGGAAUCCGAGGGUGCCCACAUGCUCCAGGAAUUGGAUGGCGGCAAAACCGGUCGUUUGACAGUGAUUCCAUUGAACAUCACAUUAGAGGAGAACGUGCUGGUCGCGCAUCAAACGCUGAAGGAGUACUUCAAACUCAAUCCAAGUCAUGAACUAUUUGCUUUCGUCAACAAUGCCGGUGUUAUGUGUUUCGGAGAGUUUGAGUGGCUGUUGGACAAACAUAUCGAUCAGCAGCUGGGGGUGAACCUACUUGGUACGAUGAAAUUGACCAAAACCUUUCUACCGUUACUACGUGCCCACAAAAGUCGACUAAUUAAUGUCACCAGCCACUGUUCGCUACAAGCAUUGCCCGGCUUGUCCGUGUACGCGGCAUCCAAAGCUGCUUUGCGAUUCUGGACCGACGCCUUGCGUAUGGAAAUGUCGCCUUACGGCGUUCAAGUGGUCAACUACAUCCCCGGUUCCAUGGUGAUGGAGAGCAACAUUUGUGCAAACCAGCAAAUUUAUUCGGAGCAAAUGCGAGCUGCCUUCACACAGGAACAGCUCGAAUUCUACGGUAGCUAUUUUGACGAGUACAAUGCCUAUCUGAAGUUCAUUUCCGGAAACAAACCAGUAGCGAGUUUCGCUGGUAACCAUCCAGUGAUGCGCACUUUUGCCGAUGCCUUGUUAGAUCUGAACGCGAAAGCUAUGUAUAAGUGUGAACCUUGGCGGUACCAGUGGUAUCAUUUUCUGUUCCGCGUGACGCCGACAUGCAUCUGCGAUUGGUUGGUGCGACGUUUCGUUUCGAUGCCGAUGUACAAAUCACCGGAAGAGCGUAAAGCCAUCGGAUUGGGCUAUAGUUUGUGAAAGUAAGUGUUAUAACAACUUGCUAUUUAUAGAAAGUUAGGUACGAUACGGUCUAAAUUUACAAUGACUUGCUAGCUACAAAUAACGCCGUUAUUCCCCAAAGUAUGGAUGCCGGUUUCACUUUGUUGAAUGCAAUAAAUUUAUCAAUUAACUGA